AUGAUUGAUACUGCUAAAGACCCGUUACCUUGGAAAUGCAUUUUGUACUUUGUUUUUAUUAGUACACCAUUUUCCCUUUUUGCUUUUGCUUGGAUAUGGGGUACAUUUUUCGCUGCAGUCAGCACUUCAUUUAUUCCUUUUAUGGCUUCUUUCUUUUGGUGGUUAUGGACUUUGAGUUGGAGGUCUUUAGGUGCAAUUGAGAUUCUUUCAAUUCAACUUUGUCAUGGUGCUGACCUUGAAACACUACAGAUUCCUAAUAUAUUUGGUGGAAUUAGUGAGCUUAAUGAAUUGAAAAUGUUUUUCCCACAGAUUCUAUAUGAUAAAUAUACAUGGAGAUGUUUUACUUAUUUUGUUCUUAUAAAAUGGUUUGUUACAUUAUUUACUUGUGCAUAUGCUAUAGUUUUAAUGGCAUUCUGGUUCCUUCCUCCUUGUUUACCUCUUAGUGAGAAAUUCUAUUUUAACUCGGGUAAAAAUGAUUCAACAGGGGAAUACUUUCGUGAUAGUUCUAAAGAAAUUAUUGAAAAUAUAAAGUCACUUGUAAAAAAAUGCCAUGAGAAAGAUAUUCCCGUUUUUUGGACACAACAUGGACAUAGAAAUAUUGAAUUUGAUGGAGGAUCAUUAGCACGAUGGUGGGGAAAAGAUAAAAGUAUUAAAUGGGGAUCUAAAGAUUGGGAGAUAUUACCAGAAUUACAGUCGCAUGUCUUGCGAUCCCCUACAUCAGCUAAUGUACUCGACUUUACCAUCACAAGCAAGACCCGAUAUGAUGCUUUCUACAAAACUGAACUAAACUCCUUACUUACCUCUCUCGGUAUCGAAACACUCAUCAUAUCUGGCGUUUUGACAAAUUUGUGCUGUGAGACGACUGCAAGAAGUGGUUUUAAUCAAGACUAUAAUAUUAUCUUUCUUGAUGAUGCUACUGCAGCGGAGAGUGAAGAGAUGCAUAAGGCUUCAGUAUUGAAUUUGAGAUACGGAUUUGCUGAUAUCUACGCCGUGAAGGACAUUAGCAAAUGGCUUUAG